AUGGCUAGAUCGAAGUCUUCUCGUGCCUCCAAAGGGAGCAGCAGCCCCUCUGCUGCACCUGCUGGUGAUGCAGCAGCAGCAGCAGCAUCAGCAGCAGCAGCUGCUGAUGCUUCACCUGCUGCUGCAGCUGAUGUUGCAGCUGCUGCAGCACCUUCUACAGGUGACGUUGCAUCUCCUGCAAAGGCUUCCGCUUCUCGUUCUUCUACCCCGUCUCGUGCAGCAGGAACAGCAGCAGGAACAGCAGCAGGAACAGGAGGAGCAGCAGCAGGAACAGCAGCAGCAGGAGGAGCAGCAGCAGCAGAAGGAAGCAAAAUGUCUUCUCCUUCUUUAAGCGCUCGUUUCUCGUCCUUGAGGGGUGAUUGUCCAGCCAAAGUGUGCAGCAUGACGAGCAGCCAAUUCAUGUCGUUAAGGCAGCAAAGCUCUGCCUUCCUGCUGCCAUCAAACUUCUUUCAGAGUCAAGCAGAUAUUCGCACGUGGGGUGUAGAGGACCUGGCUGACCCCUCAGUACAACCUUAUGAUGAAUCAAGGGAGGAGAGCGAAAGCUUCAAAAUGCAGCGCCUGCCCUACGUCAAUGCCGAGUUCUCACCUUCAUCACCCGAAGCAACUAAUAUGUAUAAUCAAGCUUACCCUUAUACUGCUUAUCCAUAUGGAGUCCCUAGAGUUUAA